UCCCUGGCAGCGAUCGGUCGGAGUGGUUCUCGAAUAGAAAGCACCAAACCCGGUGGACAAAGACAGUUAGAAAGUUUAACCCAAGUUGACUAUAGUGACGCAACGGUGCAUCAAGAGCACGUUUCUAGGUAUUUCAUAUCAGUGGUCAAAAGCAUACAAGCAGCAGCUUCAAAAUGGUGUUGGAUUUAAACUUCUCCCGAUACGACAAUACGACCCCGUUCGGAUUCAAGCUCGUUGGUGGAGCCGACUUUGAUGUUCCCCUAACGGUAGUUAAAAUCCUACCCGGAAGCAUCGCCGAAGACGUCGGUAUGCACAUGGGGGACGUAGUGGUGCGCAUCAACGACAUACCUACCAGCAACAUGUCCUACUACGACGCCCACCAGCUGUUGGCUUGCGCAGGCAACCAGUUUGUGCUCGGCAUUUUAAGGGCGCGCGAAGUAACGCCAUCGCAACGCCUCAUCAAGGAGAAGACCCCAUCAGGUGAGGUGGAGUACAUCAACACCUCGCCGAAACCGUUCUGGACACCGAACAUGACAAGUCAGUCGCAAGAGCAGCAUCAGCUCGACGAACAAAGUGUCCCCGAAGUGCCGAUCACCGACGAACAGAUAGCCGAGGUUCUCUCGGGUGAGGCCGAGGUUCUCAAGCAACACAACGUGAUCGGCGUCAACUUCAACAAGAUGAUCCCGACGGCGGGUGUGUUCAAGCAGAGUGAGGUGUUCAAGACACUCAACAGCGAGCUGGUGCAGAGCGAGGAAAGUGAUGACAAGAAGUGGACAACCUUCCUGCAGCGACCCCAGCGGCCAGCCCCGAAGACACCCGAGGAACGGAAGCUCGAACGGAACCCCCCAACCGAGCGCUACCAGGUACGAAUUGUGAAGCAACCGAAACCGAAAAUUGCCCCCGACUACAAGCCACCGAAAUCGCCGGAACCCGAACCGGAAGCGGAACCGAUACCAAUGUACGACGAGUACCUGAGCGAACGCCAGGAGGCGGAGGUGGAGACGAUCAAGACGCUCGUGGAGGAACCGAGCGGUGGAGGGCAGGGUGAGCCAAGCACAGGUGAUGCAGAGGCUGAGCCCACACAGAGCCCAAGCGAAGAGGAACCCUCGGAGGAGUUCCGUGAGCAGCUGCAGAAUGUACAGAAGCAGCUGGAAGCGCUGUCGGCGUUGCCCCUCACGAUCCAGGCCACGAUAGCAGCACUAACUGAGCAGUUGACUGCACUGGCGGCUCCUAAACGCAAGUCCAAGAGCAUCUCACCCCGACCGGAAGAGGCGGAGCCAAAAGCGAGCGAGGACACCGCGGAAUCGGCCAUCGUGCCCGAGGUGUCCGAAACGUUCGAGGUGAGCGAGUUUAGCCGCGCGGAUAGCAGCGGUGCCGAGCAGUCCUCAUCCGUCGACGAAGGCGAACACAUCCAGUACACGGUGGAAGAGCUCGAACAGCUUGAGAAAAGGAUGCACGAACACGAUAUCGAGUGGACGAACCAAAACGAUAAGGAUUCCGACAGCUCGAGUCAGCACAAUGUCACCGGUGACAUCCGCACCGCCGUCCAGGACGAGCUCAAGCUGCAGGUGGUGAAGAAGAAGAAGAAGGCCACGAGCGCAUUUGGUCCGCUGACGCCACAGGAGCGGCCCAUCUUCCUGCCCGGUGGACGUAAAUGGCGCACGGCUAAGGACGCCUUCAACGAGCAGUUCAUCGCGGAGGUGAUCAGCUCGCAGGCGGAGCUGAUCCAGGGCACCACGCUCGGCACAUCCUACGAAAGCCCUCAUCUGGGUUACGACGACAGGGUGAACUUCCUCAAGUACCAGAAACCCGAGAAGGACCUAAGCUUCAUCAGGAACAGCGACGUCUACAAGCUGGUACACGAUAUGGACCCCCCGAAGAGUGGCAUCGAGCUGCGCCCGGAGAUGGUGGUGGCCGAAGAAGAUGUGCGAAAGGUAAUGAAAGACGAAACCAUAUUCCAGCCGCGCAAGUCGAAGGUGUUCCUGUAUCAAAAUUGA